AAAAGCAGCUGCUCCUGAAUGCAGGUCUGGAUAACCGAAGGAGCGGUAUCCCUCUGCCGCUGGGUGGGGAGGAGGCUGUAGAUGAAAACAGGCGGACUGCCAGCAAGAUCCCUCGCAGGUCGACCAUCACCACCGCAAACACCAACCGAUGGGAGACUUCUCUACGGCUGUUUAUUGAGGGUCUGAUUGCUGAUCGAGACACCCUUCAGUCUGAAGUGGACUUCCUCAUACAAACCAUUAGGAACUGGUUGCUGACCAGAGACGAUGGUGAUUUCGAGGCCCCACGACGAUCGCCAGAGGUCGUGGAGUUAACGGUUGACAAUCAGAAUGUAUACAAGCAGUCAACGGAUGGUCCUGAGGCCAGUUAUUAC